ACACCAGCUCCAGGCCAUAUAUCGCAACGCAGUUGAAUGCGCCUCGCCUUUCCACUCGGAAGUCAAAUCGAAGAGGAGAUCUAGCUUUUAUUUUGCUAAGAAACACCAGUUGGCUGAGCUGCCAAAGAAGAAAAGUGUAGGCUUUCAAGUGGUUUUCUGGAUUCUUAGAGGACCUUUGUGUAUGGACAAAUGUAAAGUAAUGAUACAUGCAGAAUUGAACAGUAUCACAUUCAACAUGUAGAAAACGAGCAGUGGUGAAACACUCUGAUCAUGGACCCAUACUGGAGGCCACCUCCAGUGGAGAGGGGUGGAGAGAAGAUUCUUCAAGAGACCCAUCAGAACAGACCAUACCAUUCCUCAAGCUACCCAAGGAGACCUGGUCGAGAAAGCCAGGGCAGGGGAACCCAUUUCUCUCACUAUCGUGGAGGACCACAACCUCGCCCAAGAUUUUCUAGCAAACCCUCUUUCGCUGCAUGUCUGAAUUCUGCACAAGAUUACAACACUGGGAGAAGGCAUAGAGGUGCAGGUUACCACUCUAGAGGGACACCAAGGUCACAUGCAUGUGGUAGUUCAUCAGAUGGGAGACAAUCGAUCCCAAGACUAAAAGAGCACCCACCAAGUGGCCCAGGAAUGCACCGUUUCUCACCACCAAGAGAACAUUAUACGAUGGGUAGGCCAAAGGUUCGGAAGAGUAUGCACCUUUUUGAACAGGAUGAGAGAUUGCAAGGACCUCCACCAGGACAAUAUCGGUAUCAUGAAUCAAGCAGUACUCCAGAUUCUGAAUAUUACAGAUCAUCUCAUACUUGUUCAUCUCCACCAAGUCAACAAGAAAGGGAUGUGCACCCAACUUACAGGUCACUAGCUUCAACAUAUACAAUGUCUGGGACCAAAGGAGGUGAGCAUUCAAGGUCCCAUUCUCAGUCACAUGAAUCGGGAUAUGCAAGUUUUAGGACAGAACCAUUUGAGCAUUGUCAAUCAAGGCAUCAUAGUGAAUCUAAUUCUCAUGGGAAUAAUGUUAGACAUGGGUCAUAUCACUCAUCUGACACAAGGAAGAGACAUCACAGUGAAUUUGAUAUCAAUUCCCAGAGAGUAGAUCAAUUCAAAGAGAAGUCACAUGAUCGGUCAAGACAUCGGAGUGGUCCUUCCUCAAAGAAUGAUAAUGUAGAAAGGAAGAAAUCACAACAGUAUCCACAACCCAGAUCAAGAGGUCAUAGUGAAUCUAACGAUAGAUGCAGUAAGGCGGAUCUUGUUUCUGGUAGGAAGGAAACCCCUGAGAAACCUCAACAGAGACAAAGAUCACAUAGUGAAUCAAGCUCUAAGUACCAUUACCUUGGAACCAUCAAGAAAAAGAAAUCUACUAAAGAAUCACCUAAAGUGAAGUCACCCGAAACAAGGAACGUCUUGGAGGGGGCAGUAGACGAAGACUUGCUGGUCAGCAAACAGAAACACACUAUGUUGUGGUUGUUAAACUCUACUUCUUCGGAACAAGGGGAACAGAUCACUCCUUCAAAACCAGUGAAGCAAAAGGCACAUGAUCAAACUGUAUCCCCAAAUUCAGAUCCUCAAAAGUCAAGCUUCAUCGUUGUUCAGGAUAAGAAGGGCUGGGCUAAACGGAUAUAUAGUGAUGGAAGCAGUGGUGUACUGUCUGGAAUGGAGCCUGUAGGGAGGUCUUCAUACAGUUCAACAGACAGUAGUGGCUGUCUAAAAAGACAUGGUGAGAGUAGCAAAGACUUGCAUUUGAAGAAAAAAUUAAAGUUGCAAAGGAAAAACUCUAACACAGCUUCAUCAAACCAGGGUGGUCCUAGCUAUGGAGCAAUCUUAAGCAUUGCAAAGCAAAAUUUAAGUACUGGACAACAUCCAUUGGAUGGUAAUGAUCAGAUGCAGGUACCAGACAGAAUCAGAAGAAAUUCUCAUCAAAGUAGUUGUGACACAGAGCAACGGCCAUCAAAGCACAAGCUGCAAGAAGGAGUAUUUGAUUGUGACAUCGACAAAGUUGAAAGAUUGUUCAAAGAGUCACUGGCAGCAGUGCCAGAAAUGCAACAACAGUCACAGACAUCUGCUGACAGGCAUAAACUGAAGAAGCAGUCUUCUGCUGAAUCCCAUAAUAGUUCGGAAUCACAUGUGAAACCUUCAUCCACUAACAGCAUGGAUGAGAUCUCCUUAGAAAAGGUGGGAAGACUAUUUAAUGCUUCUUUGAACAUAGCAUCAAAGACUACUGAAUCAGUCAAUUUGUCACCCCAAAAGGAGCCCAAAGCCUUCAACCAUCCCUUAGAUGAAGCCCAAUCACCUGAAAGACCCCAGUACACCUGCACUCUUAAAAGUACAGAAAGCAGCUCAGAACAAAGUGACAAGCACAUUACAAUGUCAUUUCGCAAAGUUGUCCAAUUGUCCAAGAAGGCUCUAGCUGGCCGUCAUCACAAAUUUCAUGAGAAGUCCAUCAAACGACUCCGCCUCGAAGCAUGCUCAAGAGCAGUUCGUAUUCCUCUCAAACGGCUCCGGUUGAAGUCAGAUAGGAUAUUUCUCACAGAUGAAUUCAUCGAGAGACUAGGAAGGAACUCCUCAUCGAUCAUUGUCAACACUGCAAGGAAGCACAACUUUUCUGAAGGAAAGAAACAGACAGGUCAUAAGCAUAAGCCAAGGAGAAGGGCAUUGCCAUUAUGCAGCUCAUCAGAUCCAGAUGCACCAUCUGCUUCAACCAGCCAUCAGACACCAUUGCAGUAUGACCUACCACAGAGGUAUUCUUUAUCAGAUUGUCCAGCUCCAAGUGAAUCCAGUGUCUCAUCUAAUGUAACACCAGGUGUCACAGAUCUCUUUCAGGAGCUGAGCUCUGAUCCCUCCAAGACUGACAAGCCUUUAGAUUCCACUACACCCCUUAGUCUUCAAGGAAACUCCAAGGUACAGUCGUCACCUAAGCUGUCAGGCAGUAUUUCAAAGCUGAAGCAGAAGAUCGGGAAGAGGCUCAAGGCAGCGGUUCAAGGAGACAGACCCGGAUGCUCCAGUGGUGACAUUGAGAGUGACUCCACAGUGCUUGGUUCAUCUGUAUCAGAGGGGUAUUCAUUUGGAGAUGCAGAUUUCAUUCCCUUUAAUUCUGAAGUGGGGGAUGUGAUUUUUGAGGAGACGGUAGCUACAGAGAAGGUGGACGUAGAUGAUUGUGAGCAAUCAAAUGUGAACCCAUUAAUGGACACUUUGGUGGAAGAGGUAGUCAGUGGUGCUUCAGAAGGUUAUCCUUCACCAGCAAGUCCUGCAAGUGCUGCAUGUCCUGCUAGUGCUGAUCAAACUGCACUUCUAUCCCAAUUGUGCCAGUUAGAGAAUAACCAUGCUGGUGAUGAAUGUAAUGGAGGAGAAGAGGAGACGCUGAGUAAGGAGCCAUUAUCAGAUGGAGAUGUAACAACAAGAAAGACAGGUAAUGACAAGCCAAAUCUUGUCCCCCGAACCGGAGAAACAAGUUCGACGGCUGAGAAGUCAAAGAAUCCAUGUCCUACACCAAGAACUGAUUCUCCAGCCAUGCAAAGUGAAACACACCCAGAAUCAUCACCAUUGCAUGAAACCCUAGCAUCACCUGGCCAGCGACCUGGAGAAGUCCUUGAAGAAACUGCUGAUGCUGCACAAGAGGCGGAGGAAGGGUGCCCAGGCGAUGAUGCACUUGAUGACAGUGAGAGCUUGCCUGAUGUUGACAUCAAUGCAGGAGAUGAAGAUUUACAUGAUGGCGGUCAUGAUAGCAGCUCAGACAGUAUGGAGAUGGACUUUGAGUCCAGUAUGAUCACCACUGAUGACAGUCAGCCUACAAACACACCAACAAAAAUCAUGAAGGAAGUCACUCAGCUAGGCAAGCUAUCAGUACCAGGAACUCCUUCGAAGCCUUAUCCUUUCCCACUGAAUGAUUCAAUGAGCCCAGUUAGAUUGUCACAGGAAAUUGGCGAUGAGGAACCAGUGAAAAAGAAGAUCAAAUUGAAGCAUAAUCUGAAUAAGCUGUUGGACAUAACGAAAACUACAGAGGAAUUUGAGGCAAAGUUCAAGCGUCUGAAGCAAGAUGUGAACAAGGGGGGUUUUGCCAGACAGCUAACGGAGCAAGAGAAGGCUGGAGACGAUGACCUUGACAUGGGCUCAGAUGGUGGUGAACUGGAAGAACGUGCUAACAAAUUGCUCAAAAAGUUUUGUCCUGAUGAUAAGCAAGAGAUACCCAAGGUCCAUCCGGGUGAAGAUAUCUUUGAUCAGACAAAACUCAGACAGAUCUUCAACUAUGCUGACCACAUGGCCUCAUUGGAAGGUUGUGGAUUCAAGCCUGAUAAACCAAGUGCACUGGAAAGUCUUAUGCUCAAAGCAACAGCAGAUGAAAUGGUUGAAAUGCUGAGGACGUUUGCUGUUGAGAUGACUUACCAUUCUAAACCAUGCCCUCCAGCCUUCAUGCUCUGGCUUCUAAGACUCAUGUCUGUGCAUACUGACUGUAAUGUAGUUAAUAAGGCAUACCAGACCAUGUGGUCCAUCCUCAACACGUGGCCGGUUCAGCAUCCUGACGUCGUGCCUUGGGCGCCCUCUGUCGCUGAAAUCACCCAGAUCUUGGUCAAUUAUGGUGCAUCUUUCAAUGAGCUUCUACCGCAGGGCCUUGUACAUCCAGAAUUUGAUGAAAGUUCCAUUAGACCAAGGGAAAAUGUAGUUAACCAACAUGAGGAGAGUGCUUCAUCCUCUGCUACUGACCUUACGGAUGCGGAGAAGGCACGUUACCAUGGCAACAACCUUAUGAAGGUCAUCAAGAUCUUGACCCUUGCUCUCAUCACCAGGAAAACUGUUGAUCGGUUCCCUUACACAGAAGAGGAGAUAAGCUGCCUAGCUUUUCUUGUAUGCAAAGCAUCUCUUGAGACUUACUUCAUCAAGAAAGCUGUGGAGAAUGAUUUCACUCUUUGUCUUGUAGCCCUGUUUGAAUGUGUGCCUGAAGCUUCUUGGGCAAGUCAGGCUGAACAUCUUUGCCAUGUUUUACCACACGUUACUAGCCAUCAUCAUAACCUGGUUUACAUCUCACAUCUCAUGCCUGGAUGCACCGAGAGGGGCAGGUACAUCUCAAGACAACUAGCGUAUAUGUGUCUAAAGAAGCUUACAUCAGAUGAACCAGAGCAGAAUUGCAAUGGCUUCUGUCCUGACCUCAAGGUUCAGUAUGUAUUGGACCUAGUAGACUCUGUGGCCAGACCUACGAAAGAGACGGACUACUAUAGGCUCCACAGCAUAAUCCAGAUCCUGGACCUAGCCGUCGGUAGCGAGACCCUGGAUAAGUCCGAGAAGGAAUCCUUGCAGUCACUCAACGGCAGGCUCAAGAUGCUAGUUAGCUACAUCAAGGAUGAGUCCGGAAACAUCAGCAAGUCACAGGUCAAGGAUCUUAUUCUUAGGAUGAACCUGAGGCUGACUCUCAUGGAUCAAUCAAUUAUCUCUGAUCAGGUGAAUCUGUUCAAUCGCUCGCUGCCUCUGACUAGGAUCAAGGAGGAGAACAUUGAGGAACACUUCCCACAAUCCCAAGAGGAUGCAGUCUCCAUCAGCUCUGAGGAAGGAGAAGACAGGAUAGGUGAUCUGGAUGAAGAUGAGGAGGGCGAGGUGAAGGACCAUGCACCGGAUACAGCACAUUUACCUGAGAAGACCUGAACGAUGCAGUCAACGAGCUAAGGGACAUCUUGCAACAGUCUUUAUGAACAAUGGUCAAGAGUUACCACUGUUAUUCAAGAGAGGACAUGAUUAAUGAGAACAAGGUAGAGUUUUGGUGCUGAGGAACAUCUUGCAACCGAUUGUUUUGAGAUGUUGCAUCAGGUUAGCAGUGUUGUACACCAGAGAAAACCUGGUAAAUGGAGAUGCAGUCAACCUUUGAUUAGGUGCCAAGGAAUAUGUUGGAACAAAGUUUUUAUGUCAUACAUGUAUUUUGUGGAGCAAAUGCAGCAGUGGCGUCAUUAGUAUGCAGUAUUUAAAGCUUUCCACAUUAAGGUGAGUUUAAGGAAAUCAAAUAUAUUUAAGUCUCUUGCAAUAUCUGCUGUUUUCUUGAAGAUAGCGCUACAUUUUGAUAUAUGAAUGGUGAAAUCGAUUAUGCUUGAGAUUACAACAAUUUUUGUGCAGCAUUGACCUUGGGCGUAUACAACAUAUGUAGCUACAAUCAAUGAACAUUAGGGAGGAAUUGAUGGAAAUUUAAUGUAUUUAUAUAUCCUUUUAGGUUAUCUUAAAUAUCCCUAUUAAACCUAGAGUGUGAUUCAUUAAAUUGAUUACGUUUGAGAAUAGAGACCUGGAGCUGAAUACUGCAUGAUUAUGCUGAUGAAUGGAAAGUGUACAUUCCUUUGGAAGAGAUUUCUUUCAAAAAAAGUUACAAGCUGAAAUAUAUUUUG